AAUGAAAGAAGAAAAUCAUUUUGAUUGGCCUGAUCCUUCAAGAAAUGACCUAAUGUACUUAUCAACCAUCAGUAUGUUCUAAACUUAAUUAUCAAGGGAACUAAAAUAAAUUACGAUCUGUCACUUAAGACUACAAAUAUACAACUAACUUACCAAAAUAAACAUAUUAUAACAAAGAAACCUUCAUCAAUAAAGUUGACGAUAUUCCUAUCAAAAAUAAAAAAUUUGAAAUUGUAAGAGAAAGUCUUUAUAUUAAUGAUAUUGAUGUAAAAUACUUAAUUUAAAUUUAGGGAACUAGACCUUAAAUUGCUAAGUUUAAAACAAAUAGAGAAACAAAUCCAAUAGAACCAAUUUAUAAAAUUCCAUCAUAUCAAGGAGCUGAUAUACAAUAACCAAAUAAAUUUAUUAGAGACACAUUAAAUAUUUCAGAUAUUCAAGGAACUGUCCCUAAAAUUAAGAUUUAUAAUCCCAGAAAUAUAGAUCCCUACACUUUUAUAGAGGGUACAAAGCCUAAAUUAUUAAGACAUGUAACUUAACCUUUGGAAGAAUAAGAAGUAAAAAAAAUGUCUACUAGACAAAUAAAUCCCAUGUAACCUUUUUAUAAGUGGGGAGAAUAAAUUAUUGGUCCAAUUGAGGGAUCAUAACCUUAUCAUCAUAGUAAAGACAGGAAUAAAUUAAAAAGUCUCUCAUUAUAUACUCAGGAUAUAAAAGGAGCUUAAUCAGACACAGUUAAAUAAAUACCAAAAGAAUCUUAGAAGAUUACAAAUAAUACAUAAGAUAUAUAUAGAGCAUAAGCUAAUACUAUCCAAAGAGGUAUGUAAACUAAGAGACAAACGAAUCCUUUGUAACCUGCUUAUUAACUGUUAGGACAAAGUGAACUAUAUAAUAUAUAAAUAAAAUGA